UGUUUUUUGAUUGGCGGUGAGGUGAUUGAAAUCAGGUGAUGUAUAGUUUAAUAGCUAAUGCUCUCUCUACUCAUAAGACGUGUGACGGAAGCAACUAGUUUCCGCUCGCUCUGACACAUUCUGCUGCUUCGGCCAGCGAUUGAGCGUCGGCAGCUGCUGCAAUGUGAAAAUAGCCCACCCCAUUCAUUGUGACCGUUUGUGCGACGUCGACGCCAGAAUGGGAUCCGUCACCCUUCAGAAGCGAGGGCACCCCGCCCACCACAUCACCACGACUGACGAUGACAUGUGCGCUUUCGUCUGUGGUUGGGGUGCUGCCUUUGUAAACAUAAUCUGCACUUUUCCAAUGAACAAAGUGAUGUUUAGGCAGAUGCUGCACGGUGUGCGAACCAACCACGCCUUGGACCAGCUGCGUAGUGAAGGUUUCCGCCACCUCUACCGCGGUUGCCUGCCACCGCUUGUGCAGAAGACCAUAUCGGUCUCCAUCAUGUUCGGCACGUUCAGCGGUUAUAGUCGCUUCACGAUUCAUCAUUUCCCCGAGGCGAGCGAUCUUACCGUGAAGUUCCUCGCUGGCCUCAUGGCUGGCUCUACAGAGGCCAUACUCACUCCUCUGGAAAGGGUUCAAGCCUUGCUGCAGGACAAGGAACACCAUCACCGCUUCAAGAACACGAUAGAUGCCUUCAAAUUCCUGUCUCCGUAUGGCAUCAGGGAGUACUACCGGGGACUGGUACCCAUUCUCCUCCGCAACGGCCCGAGCACGUUCAUGUUCUUUAGCCUGAGAGACGAAAUGGGGCGCCUCGUGCCGAUGGACAAGACAGUUCUCUGGCAGCGGACACUGAGCGACUUUCUCAGCGGUGCCGUGGUGGGCGCAUUCGUAAGCACCGUGUUCUACCCCAUUAACGUUAUUAAGACAAUAAUCCAAGUGCAGUACGGUCCUCCACGCCUGAGCAUGUUAACAGUCUUCAAGGAGACCUAUGCAGAGCGCAAGAGCCUGCGCAAGAUGUUCUACGGUGUGCACCUUAACUACACACGGGCACUAGUGUCGUGGGGUAUCAUCAAUGCAACGUACGAGUUCUUAAGGACACAAUAUAUGCAUUAUGUUCACAGCAGUCAUGGCAGUUGGUGAGCUUUUUGUAACCCACUACACCCUUUUCAAAACUUGGUGCUUUGUUUGGACCGUGCAUCUACCGUGAAAUUGUUUGCUAGGUUGUGUGGGGUAUGUGAAUGAGCGUCGUCCUUAGUCGUGCUUUAGUUAUAAAGCAGCUUAUGUAGUUAGUACAUCUCACACGUGCAUGUUUAUUGGAAGAGGAAGUUGUGCUCCGGUAGAUCUACCCACUAUAGUGAUAGCCGUAACACAUUUUCAUUGUGAACAUGUCUUUGGGCUUGCUUCUUUAUAGAGAAUAUUGUUUUAGUGUCGUGUUGCAUCUUUGUGCGCCCAGAGCAUAAAAGUACACGUGCUCAUUCAUGCACGAGGCAUCGUUAAGAAGGCAGUGCCGACUUUGGGAGAUUCAGUUUAAAUACUUGGUUAUGCUUGUUGGGUAUUUCAAUACAUUAUGCACCAUAAUUGAGAGGAUGCUUGAUCUUACGUUAUUUUAUUAGUAAUACUAUCUGGUGGAAAAUGCUUCGUAUUCUUUUGUAAACAUGCACUCUUUGCUGUGGUUGUCUUCGCAGUACCAAUUUUGUAAUAGCAUUACGUUAUUUUAAGAUUUCGCUGCUGUGAGAAAAGUACCAAUACCAGCAUAAAGAACUAGUUUUCCCAAAUCUGAUUGUUUUUAACUUUUGCACAACAUACGUACUUAAGGCUACAUUGUGUAAAGGUUACUUAGUCUCAGCCACAUUUUUACCAAAGAGAAAAAAACAUCACUUAUUUGCUCAAAAUUGCAUUGUGAAGCCACUUUUUUGAAUAAUAUGAUUUGGUGUGCCUGUCAUAAAAGAACAAGUCAAUCAGGUGCAACCUUUUCGAAAAUUACCAAGAAAUGCUGACUCUGUUAUUUUUUUAUGUAGAUCAAGAUCUGUCAAAUACAUAAAGACAAGUUCAUAUAUGCGAGGUCAGGUCUGCAAAUGUGAUUGCCUAUGUUUCCUCUCUGUUUUCGUGGGGUUUUUUUUGUCUUUUUUUUUUCUUUUUUCACAGCUGCCUGUGUUCUCAGAAAAAGAAACUUGGCUUUCUGACGUCACAUAUUCCCAGUGUAGUACUGCACACUAGAAGCACCUCAAGAAACUUGGUAAUGAACAAAUCCUUUUCAAGGUUUGCAGUAAGAAGAUACAUUUUGCAAACCAUCAUGUAUUAGUCUGACAGGGACGUUCAAGAAGAGAUGAACAUUCUACAUAGACCUAAGUCUUUCAAGAGCAUUAAAAGAAAAAGCCGUGAGUAGCAGUCUUUCAGCACUACUUGUUUAGUCCUUCCAAUCAUGCUCGUCGCAAUUUUCAGCCAAUAGCUUUAGUCACUGCAGUCAAAUGAAUUUAGCUUCAAUCAAUGCCAGUUUCCUUUUUUUUAAGCUUUUCUGUUUCUUUUACUUGAAAAGUUAGCUGAAGCAUUACAAAAUUUCACUAAUUUUGAUACACCCCGAAUUUUGUGAUGUUCAUAUCUUAUGCACUGGGAAUACCUGGCAAAUCUGCGCUUAACAGUAUUUCGGACAUUCAAUUUCGUUUGAGUACUUGGUUACAGUACUACUCUGUCUCCGAAUUCUUGUGGUGAAUUUCUCAUUUUUCCUCCAUGUAUGCUACAUUAUACAGUGCUUUGUCUUAGUAUGUACAAACCUGUUUUUUAGAAAUGUACAGAGCAAUACUAUUUACACAUGUUAUUGAUAAAUGCUUUAUUAUGAUGUUCUGCGUAGCAUCAUUUUAAUGUUCUUUAUGCAGCUCUCGCACUUUUGCUCUUAGUUGCAGCAAAUCAUGCAUUGCACAGAAAUAAAAUGCACCUGAAAGUUGAACCUUUA